CGUAGAUUCGACCACAUACUUUGGAUGGGGCAAAGCUACAGGGCGCAAACAGCCCGUUUUAUCCUGCAGGCUGCAAAACAAGGGGCAGAAAAAAUAGCGAUCAUAAUAGUCUAAUUAAGGGUGAGAAAUCACUGUUUACAUUUGUGAGGCCAAGUGGCUCAGAAAAAAAAAAAGCAGAAGCAGAAGCAGAAACAGUGGAAGGCCACGGGCAAGAGAAGCAAGGACACUUUCUCCCCACCCAUUCACUACCGCCAUCCCUCAGAAACUGUAUUCAGCUUUUUGACAAUAAAAAGUUUCGACACAGUCAGCUAAGGGCAGAGAAUCAAGGAAGAAACGAAACACGAAGCAGUAGCGAAAGGAACAUACACAGGAACCAUGUCUACCAAGUCUAAGAAUAUUGAGGAAACCCAGCGGAAGGGCGACUUUACCAUCAAGCCUUCAGAUGCAACCCCCACCUUGAACACUGCCGACUGGCCCUUGUUGUUGAAGAACUACGAUAAGCUGAACGUCCGCACCGCUCACUACACCCCUAUCCCUAGUGGUUGCUCUCCCUUGAGACGUGAGCUCGCUGAAUACGUCAGAUAUGGUGUCAUCAACUUGGACAAGCCCGCCAACCCUUCCUCUCACGAGGUCGUCGCCUGGGUCCGUCGCAUUCUUCGUGUUGAGAAGACUGGUCACAGUGGUACUCUCGACCCUAAGGUCACUGGAUGCUUGAUUGUGUGCAUUGACCGUGCUACCCGUCUGGUCAAGUCCCAGCAGGGUGCCGGUAAGGAGUACGUGUGUAUCCUCCGUCUCCACGACGCCAUCGAGUCCGAGAAGAAGUUGGCACAGACCCUCGAAACCUUGACUGGCGCCUUGUUCCAGCGCCCUCCUCUGAUCUCUGCCGUCAAGCGUCAGCUCCGUAUCCGUACGAUCCACGAGUCCAAGCUGCUCGAGUUCGACAAUGACCGCCACUUGGCUGUCUUCUGGGUCGCAUGCGAGGCUGGAACGUACAUGCGUACGAUGUGCGUGCACAUGGGUCUGUUGCUCGGCGUUGGAGGACACAUGCAGGAGCUUCGUCGUGUGCGCUCAGGACAUAUGGGCGAGGAGGAUGAUAUUGUGACGAUGCACGAUGUUCUGGACGCUCAGUGGAUGUACGACAACACCAAGGACGAGUCGUACCUGCGCAAGGUCGUUCGCCCUCUCGAGACGCUCUUGACCACCUACAAGCGUAUUGUUGUCAAGGACAGCGCCGUCAAUGCCAUCUGCUACGGAGCCAAGCUCAUGAUCCCCGGUCUUCUCCGCUACGAGUCUGGAAUUGAGGUCAAUGAGGAGGUUGUGCUUAUGACCACCAAGGGAGAGGCCAUUGCUCUUGGUAUUGCUCAGAUGACGACGGCUGUCAUGGCUACGUGCGACCACGGAGUUGUCUCCAAGAUCAAGCGUGUGAUCAUGGAACGCGAUACCUACCCCCGUCGCUGGGGUUUGGGACCCAAGGCUCAGGAGAAGAAGAAGCUGAUCAAGGAUGGCAAGCUGGACAAGUAUGGUCGCCAGACUGAUGAGACACCUGAGGGCUGGAAGAAGGGCUAUGUCGACUACAACCGCGAUGACCCUAUCGCACCUGUUGUUGCUGCUGUUGCAGUUAAGAAGGAGGAGGACGAUGAGGAAAAGAAGCGCAAGGCUGCCGAUUCGAGCGACUCUGAGUCUGACAAGAAGAAGGAGAAGAAGAAGGCCAAGAAGGUCAAGACCGAAGAGAAGGAGGAGAAGAAGGACAAGAAGGAGAAGAAGGAGAAGAAGGACAAGAAGGAGAAGAAGGAGAAGAAGGUCAAGAAGGAGGACUCUGACUCUGACUAA